AUGGAUGCAACGCCGUUAUCCAGAUCCCCUCCGCCAUCACCCUCCCCGAUCCUUCCAGUUGCUCGUUCCGCGACCAGACAGUUUCCCCCUAUUCUCGAAGCACCAUCCCACGAUUGCGAAUCCUCGACAGAAAACAUGGGAAGCGCUCGCCGGUGGGCGAGAAAGAUUGAGCGCACAUGUUGCACUUGCGCCACGUAUUUUCCCUUGGCAUUCGUGUACGGGAUAACAACUUGGGCCGUCUAUGUGUUGUGGGAUCUCUGCUCUGUGCCAUCGAGGGUGGAAUGGCUGGGAACCACUUAUAAACUUGUUGGCUUUGCCCUCUACGCCAUGCUCAACUGGUGCUACACCACUGCCGUAUUUACACCACCGGGAAGCACGACGAACGAUCAUGGCUACAGCACGCUACCGACCCACGCCGCCCCUUCGGCCACAUCAUACACCGUCAAGUCCAAUGGCGAGCUCCGUUUCUGCAAGAAAUGCCAAGCUCGGAAGCCCGACCGCGCCCAUCAUUGCUCCACCUGUCGCCGGUGUGUCCUCAAGAUGGACCAUCACUGCCCCUGGCUAGCAACCUGCAUCGGUCUCCGAAACCACAAGGCCUUCAUCCUUUUUCUCAUCUAUACCACGAUUUUCUCUCUAUACGCCUUCCUUGGCUCCGCCAGCUGGGUCUGGGAAGAGAUCUUCGCCAACACUACUUACGUCGAGAAUCUCAUGCCAGUUAACUACAUCUGCCUUGCCAUCGUUGCCGGUAUCAUCGGCAUUGUAGUCGGGGCAUUCACAGGGUGGCAUAUCUAUCUUGCUACCAGAGGCCAAACAACCAUCGAGUGCUUGGAGAAAACUAGAUAUUUGACCCCUCUCAGGGAAUCCAUGCACAGGACCUACAUCAACCAACACACUCCCGGUCAAGGCGUCCAGCUCCCUUCUUACGGUCAACAACUCCUCGAUAUUCAUCAAAACGCAAUUCCGGGUGUCACUCGGCCUGAAGAAGGCGAGGAACUUCGUCAAGAACCCUCGCAUCCCUCCGUCAACCCCGAGUUGCAAGCUGGCUCGAGGAGAUUUACACCCUCUGAAAUGGAGCAGUACCGGGCCCGCAAGCGCUAUGAAGAAUUCAUGGACGAGCAGGAUGCAACCAAACUUCCCAAUGCUUUCGACCUCGGCGCCAAGAGGAACCUGCUUCAUUUGUUCGGCCCUGUCCCGCUAUUAUGGCCGAUUCCAAUCUGCAACACGACUGGCGAUGGCUGGAGCUGGGAGCCCAGUCCCGAGUGGCUUGAGGCGAGAGACAGGAUCGCAAGAGAGCGGGAACAGCAACGGGAAAGAGAGCGGGUGGCAGGCUGGGGAGCUGAUUCGGAUUACCCUGAGCCUGAUCCUCAACCGCCCAUGGUGAGAGUUGAUGGCGGAGCAGGGAGACAUUAUUUACAGCCUUCCAGACCGGCCAGCAGAGUUCCGUCACCUUUGCCUUCUCCUGGUCACAGAAAGGCGCAAAGCAAAGCCGACAGGAUACUGGGCCGCGAUCCCAACCUCUAUGUGGACGAUCCCGUCAGCCCCGAGCUUGGAGCUGGGCAGCAGGAUGUUAAUCUGAGGAGGUUAAGUCCCGCCGGGCGGACGGUGGAGGAUGAGCUGGAGGAGAUUGAUAACGAGAUUGAUGAAGAGGAGCAGACUGAACAGGUGAAACAGGAGGAGAUUAGGGCGAGGAAGGAGAGGAUAGCGAUGAAUGUGGUGACUAAUGGGCGAUGGGGUGCCGGUGCGAGGAGUCCGUUGCUGAUUAGCAGUCCCAGACUAGGACAGGGAGGAAGUGGGACGAGUUCACCGAGGCGGGGGGGGAUGGGGAGUGGUGCGAGUACGCCGAGGAGGGAGUAUGAUAGGGAGGAUGAUGAUGAUGGGGUUGAUUGA